GAAUGAAGAGAUGAAGCAAUCAUGAAGACCUAACACGGUUACCAAAUCAAAAAAGACGACCUAAAACGGUUGGCCCAGUAGACCCUACCUUGGUAUAAUAAUAGAUUUUAUUACAAUAUAACAUAUGACCUGUUGAUCUAAUAUAAGAAAAAUAAAGUCAACUCGUGAUGCAUAUAAACAAAAAUGUGUAAUCAGGUCAAGGGAAUCUCAGAAGGGUUUUAUUUCAUGUGAAGUCGGUUUUGCCCUUCUGAUCAAUUCCCAAAGCACGCACUAGGCUUGGCUUUCCCACAGGAUGCCAAGUGAAGUAAUAGUUGUUGGAUUGAGGAGAUUUGUGUGGGUUUACGCUCCAUGCGCUGUGAUUUGGGGUCCGGGCUGAUCCAGACACGCCUCCUUCAUCCCAUCAGUCAUCUCACCACACAGCUUUCUGCAGUAGCCCCACUCUAUCUCCAAUCUCUUUCUCCGCAUCUGCUCCCACAUUGACUCCUGCCACUAUUACCCUUUCCUCUCUUCAUUCUACAAUCUACACUUGUAGAUUGUUUAGUAUAUCUGCACUUUAUAUUUAUAAUACUAAAGCAAUUAGAAAAGAAAAGGAAAAACAAGAAAAAGCCGAAAGAGAAAGAGUGAAGAGGGGAAAACAGUGAAAGGGUAGUGUAAAAUGGAAACAAAAUGAUGCAAUUACUCUGCCUGCCUUACUUCCGCACAAUAAAGAAUAAAGAUUCACCAAAAGUCGUGCCCGAUUGGAGCUACUACAUUUACAGACAGAAUUUGCAGUAGAAACGUUUCUACCUUAUUUUUCUUUUUGUAUUCUCAAUGCUACUGUGUCAAUUCUGUUCCAUUUUCCAUAAGAUGCAUUGCUGAUUCAACUUUACAAAAUGUGAUGUAUUUACUCUUAUCCUAUUUUAAAGUGAUUAAUGAUUCCAAAUUAAAAGGCUAAAACAGUAAACCAAAAUGGUUGGAAAAUGUUUAAUGGGGGGAAGGGGGACAAAUCGCCCCUUUGGAAAUAAAGAAAAGCGCCGGUAAUUAAGAUUCAAAAGCAAGAAAAGAAGUUGAUAAAGAAGAGAAUUGAACGACAAAUUUUAAAUUUCCGUUCCCAAACUCUGCCUUCUUCAGUUUCACCCUCCGUCCCAUGAGUUGACGCAACGCACACCUUUUGGUUUUAAGCUUCCACAUCAACAUGACCGCUUCCUCCUCGUCUACAAUGGCGACCCUCAUUCGCCCUCAAGACUAUGCCCACAGCCCCCUCCACUACGCCCUCGCCUUAGCCGAUCAUGCUACCCUCAAUAAGAUUCUCUCCACCCUCCCUAAAUUGUGUGACCCUAUUCGAAUUCAAUCUGAAUCCCAAUCCCUCGCUCAAGAACACCUAGCUGAACAAAUCUCCGCUGCACUCGACCGCCGUGACAACCCCCUCAAAGAGACCCCGCUACACCUUGCCGUCCGCCUUAAUGACCCAACCGCCGCUCGCGCACUUGCCGCCGCUGGUGCCAACAUAUCCCUUCAGAAUGCUGCCGGCUGGAAUCCACUCCAGGAAGCACUCCUCCGCCGCUGCCCUGAGAUCGUAGCCCCCCUCGUCCAACACCACCAUCUCUCCGCCUGGUCUAAGUGGCGUCGACGCCUUCCACGCCUUGUAGCCGGACUUCGUCGUAUGCGCGAUUUCUAUAUGGAGAUCUCCUUCCAUUUCGAGAGCUCCAUCGUGCCUUUCGUUGGCAAAAUAGCUCCUUCUGACACCUACAAAAUAUGGAAGCGCGAUGGAAAUCUACGGGCCGACACCUCACUCGCCGGCUACGACGGCCUCAAAAUCCAACGCGCCAACCAGAGCUUUCUUUUCUUAAACGACUUUGAUUACGAUAACACCACUGACAUCGACGUACCCCAGGGCUCCCUCCUUAUCCUCAACCACGAUGAGAAAAAAAUCUACGACGCAUUUGAGAAUGCGGGAAAUCCAUUGUCUGACUCCGACAUUUCGAGUUUUUGCAAUCAAACCAGCGUUUAUCGCCCCGGAAUGGACGUAACCAAAGCGGAAUUAGUCGGCCGUACGAAUUGGAGACGCCAAGACAAAAUGGAAAAUGUUGGGGAGUGGAAAGCUAGAGUUUAUGAGAUGCACAACGUAACGUUUACUUUCCGUUCCCGCAAAGUGAACGCCGCCGAGCACAAAGAGGAUGCAUUCUCUCCAACGUGCGUGUUGCCCUUGGAGAUUGAUGAGGAGUCGGAUGAUGGUUUCAUAGUGGCGGAGAAUCCGAGAUAUAGCGUGUGUAACGACAGGCAGCGCCGGCACAGCAGUUUUGUGAGGGAGGAGAGGGAGUUCGUAACGGUGUCACGGAAGAGUGUUGAUAUAAUUCCAGUUGAUUCAAGGAGGAGGGCUGCGCCGCCUUAUGCGGGGGACAGGUUGGUGGCGCCGCCGCCGACGAAGGAGAAGGAGUACGCGAAGAGUUUGCGGCCGAUGGUUUGGUUAACGGAACAGUUUCCGCUGAAGACGGAGGAGUUGCUACCGUUACUGGAUAUCUUAGUGAACAAAGUUAAGGCCGUUAGGCGCAUGCGGGAGCUUCUGACGACGACGUUUCCACCGGGGACAUUUCCAGUAAAGGUGGCGAUUCCUGUGGUUCCUACAGUGAGAGUGGUGAUUACAUUCACAAAAUUCGUAGAGCUGCAGCCGGUUGAAAAGUUCUACACUCCACUCUCAAGUCCAAGGCAAUUUGUGAACGGCAGAGGGAGCGAAGAAGAGAGUACAAGCGGUGAUAAUGACAGCUACUUCUCAUUCUCAUCGUCGUGGCUGAGGGACGGCAGCCAACUCCGACAGAGUAGUAGCAGUGGGCAGGGGGCGGUUGAUCCGUUCGCAAUCCCAAGUGGGUACAGUUGGAGUAGUUUCGAUGAGAAGAAUAGGAAAAUGAAGAAAUCAAAGUCGACAAGGAGAACCAAGUGAAUGAAUGACAAGCAACUAUGGCUACCGAUGGGCCAAGCUGGGCAGAUCAAUGGGGUGAGGGAGGGUUUGGUGCCAUCCCAGAUGAAAACAAAACAAGCAGCAAAGAUGUUGGAGCUGACAAGAAGCCA